UUUGGGGGUGGAGCCGCUGUAUUACAGGUUUGUCUCCUUUUAGCAAUUCCACAAAAAAACCCAUGACACAAAAAUUCCACUCACGUUACCUGUACUUUUCCAAAAUCACAGCACUUUCAUAUGUUAAUCAUCCCCCUCUCCUCUCUUCCGUCAACUCCUUUUUUUUUUUUUCAUAUUUAAACAUUUCUAUUUUUUCCCCCUCUCCUUACCCUUUUUUCAUCUUUUUACUGUUAAAUGUUUCACAUAAAACAAUAAAUAAAUAAAAAUGGGUCAAGCAGCUUCUCUUACAUUAGGCGAUAAAUCCAACAUUUUAUACGAUAUUGACGAUUUUUCAGGUCGAUUUCAUAAAGCCACACUCUCUACUAUAUCCGUUCCCAUGGUGAUUGUUGCCUUUCCUAUCCUCAACGCCUAUAAAUUUAGCGAAACAGAGUACACCGGUGUUAAAGUUGUCGAUAGUACCAUUGGCGGUCUACUCGGUGUCGUUGGAUGGCCGCUGUCACCGUUUUUAGCAUUUUGGUCAGCAUAUCAAAGAAUAUUCACUGAAGCACCCUCCAAAUCGUCCGAGGUAUCGGAAGAAACCAAGUUGCAAGUGCGGAGAGCGAUGGGAUUAGAUUGUGAUCAUUUCUAUAACGUCGCCGUAGUGGGUGCCGCAGGCACAGGCAAGAGUUCAUUAGUGAAUGGGAUCUUGGGAUACAACGACAAUGAUAAAUAUGCUGCCGCGAUAAAUGAAGCAUCUGGCAGUUCGAGUGAACCACGCGGUUAUCGACAUCCGGAUUUACGCAGUAUGGUAUUAUGGGAUAUGCCUGGUGCGGGUACUGCUGGUAGUCGAGAAACGAGUUACUUUGAAGAUAAUUAUCUCAUGGCAUUUGAUUCCUUGAUCAUUGUUACAGCGGAAAGAUUACAAGCGAUUGAUCUCGUCAUUGCAUCCAAAGCACAAGCACAUCACAUUCCUGUUUUAUUUGUCCGAAAUCGAUGUGAUGAAUCACUGCAGUCAAAAAUUGAUCGAUUGAAACAAGAAAAAGAUACAGAUGUGAAUACAGUGUGGGCGAAAGCGGUUGGCGAAUUAGUGAAAGAAGUGAGACGCACUGUAUUUCGACAACUCAAGGAGAACAAGAUUAGUGCCAAACGUUUAUUUUUAUUAAGUGCUUGGAGUUUACGUGAUCUCAUGUCUACCGUGAACCACCCGGCGGGCUAUCUGAAACAAGACGUGAGGUUAAUUGAUGAACAGAGGUUUAUUCAGGCUUUAAUGGAUGCAGUUUUAAAAAAGAGAAAGAGUAGAAAAUCUUUUUCCAAUGGCAAAUGUAGGCCAACUGUCGUCAAAAAUGGUAUCACCGCUCCUGUCAUCGUCAGACCUUAGGCUUUUUCUUCAAGUGGUAACAACGCGGCUGCCACUCGUCUUCCUUCUUCUGCCAAUACAUUAUACGUUGCUGCCGCAUGUUUCUUUUUGUAUAUAUAUCUUAUUUGUUAAUACCCUCUUCCCUUCUUUGUCUUCAAUAAUAAUAAUAAUAAUAAAAAA